AUGGAAGAAGCACUUUUCCGUCUCAAUGGAACAUCCCCAACCAACAUUCCCGAACCCGAACCUAAAAAACAAACCACAGCCAACAAACGAACACUACGCGAAAACAACGCCGCAGGAAACGGAGGUGGUGGUGCCAUGAGGUACCGUGGAGUACGCCGCAGACCAUGGGGCCGUUACGCAGCUGAAAUAAGGGACCCACAAUCCAAAGAACGCCGCUGGCUUGGUACUUUCGACACGGCUGAAGAAGCCGCUUGUGCUUACGACUGCGCCGCACGUGCCAUGCGUGGCUUAAAAGCUCGCACGAAUUUCGUUUACCCAACUUCACCCCCUCACACUUCUCCCACUUUCCCUUCCUUCAACUUCCCACAAAAACAUUCUCAACAAACAACCACUCAUAACCGCCACGUGUCUUCAUGUGGUUGGUCAGAACCACACAGUGUUGAUUUCACUAACAAUAGAAACCCUUCUAAUUCACUCGACAUGUUUCUGUUUCGUGAAUUUAUCAACUCUUCUAAUAACAACAACACUUCAUUAGGUUCUGACCAGUUUCCUUAUUCUUCUUACAACAUUAAAAAUUGUUGUAUGGUUAAUUCUUGUGGGGGGUGUGCAAAUAGCAACUUUAAUGCCUCUUCUUCUACUUCUUCAUUUAAGACCAACUCCAACAACGUUAACAACAACUUUGUCGGUGUUAAUGAAGAUUCAGAGUUUUUUCCCAGAGAGUCGUCUGAUUCUGGAUUAUUGGAAGAGAUUGUGAACAAGUUUUUACCGAAAACAAAGCAAGAGAAAAACGAGAUUUCACCACAGACAGAAACUUUUUGCAACACUUUUGUUCCUGAAGUUCCUUUUCAUGAUAACACGGUUGUUUCUUCUACUCAAUGGUAUAAUGAGGGUAAAAAGGGGAUUUCCAAGAACGAGGGUUUUGGUGUUUCUUUUGACAGUCACAAUGCUUUCAAUGUGCAACAGUUUGAACCUUUUAAUAAUAAUGGGUUUAAUGCUUUGCAGUCUCUGCCUCUUGGAAAUGAACAGAUCAUGGUGAAUCAUGCUGAGAAUUUUGUUAUUCAAGAUAUAUUUCAGUAUCAAGAGCUUCUUAAUGCUUUUGCAAUGAGGAUGCAAAAUGCUUAAGUUUAUUUUAUUAUUAAUUAUGUAUGUUAAUUAGGAGAAAUUUCACAAGUUAAGUUUAUGUAGCUUAAUUUUGCUUAAAAGCAUCCCUAAUUCUAUAGAUAUAUUAUGUUGAAUUUCCUUCCCUUUGAUUUUUAGGGUUUUGAUGUUUCUAGGUUAAACAAUGUUACUACUAUGUACUUUUCCUUCAAGUAGCUACUAUGUUCUGAAAAGUAAUAGAUUUCAAUAGUAUUUGGAUAA